UGACAGCGGAGCCUACAGCCCGGCUUGCGAGGCCCCGCCCCGUCGACCCACCCGCAAGCUUUCGCCUAUCCUCUCGCAUAGCAUCGCGAUACUUCUUCUUCUCCUCACCCCCCCCCCCCAAGUCAGCGAGGGAACCGGCCGGUGUGACGAGACCGGCCGGGAGGGCCUUCGCUGUGGAGUUGCCGCGGUGGGCUUUGCCACUGACGCUGUCGGGGCUUUGCUGUCGCGGAGUCUCUCCUCGUCUUUCCCGUGAGAGAUCCGGAUAGACAAUCUGAAGGGGCCGGCGCGCCUUCCUGGCUCCGCCUUCUUCCUGUUGGGGGGGCGUUUAAAAGCGGGGGGGCCUGGCGCGGCUGUAACGGCGUGCAGUGCGCACGCGCGGCAGGAGCGGUUGAAACAAAAUGAAGAUUUUUUCUGAGUCUCAUAAAACAGUUUUUGUGGUGGACCACUGCCCUUACAUGGCAGAAUCAUGCAGGCAGCAUGUGGAGUUUGACAUGCUGGUGAAGAAUAGGACCCAAGGAAUCAUCCCUUUGGCGCCCAUAUCCAAAUCACUGUGGACUUGUUCCGUGGAAUCGUCCAUGGAAUACUGUAGAAUCAUGUAUGAUAUAUUUCCUUUCAAGAAGCUGGUGAAUUUCAUUGUGAGUGACUCUGGAGCACAUGUUUUAAAUUCUUGGACACAGGAAGACCAGAAUUUGCAGGAGCUAAUGUCAGCACUAGCUGCUGUUGGGCCUCCUAACCCACGGGCAGAUCCAGAAUGCUGCAGUAUUCUACAUGGACUUGUAGCAGCUGUGGAAACUCUUUGUAAAAUUACAGAAUACCAGCAUGAGGCACGUACUCUACUAAUGGAGAAUGCAGAACGUGUUGGAAAUAGAGGGCGAAUCAUCUGUAUUACAAACGCAAAAAGUGAUAGUCAUGUGCGAAUGCUUGAGGACUGUGUCCAGGAAACAAUUCAUGAGCAUAAUAAACUUGCUGCAAAUUCAGAUCAUCUCAUGCAGAUUCAGAAGUGUGAGCUUGUCUUGAUCCAUACUUAUCCUGUAGGUGAAGACAGCCUUGUAUCUGAUCGACCUAAAAAAGAGUUGUCCCCAGUUUUAACCAGUGAAGUUCACAGUGUUCGUGCAGGAAGACAUCUUGCUACCAAAUUGAAUAUUUUAGUUCAACAGCAUUUUGACUUGGCAUCAACUACUAUUACAAAUAUUCCAAUGAAGGAAGAACAACAUGCUAAUACAUCUGCCAACUAUGAUGUGGAGCUACUUCAUCACAAGGAUGCACAUGUAGACUUCCUGAAAAGUGGUGAUACCCACCUAGGUGGCAGCAGCAGAGAAGGCUCAUUUAAAGAAACUAUAACUUUAAAGUGGUGUACCCCAAGGACAAACAACAUUGAAUUACAUUAUUGCACUGGUGCCUAUCGGAUUUCACCUGUAGAUGUAAAUAGCAGACCUUCCUCCUGCCUUACUAAUUUCCUUCUAAAUGGUCGUUCUGUUUUAUUGGAACAACCACGAAAAUCAGGUUCCAAAGUCAUUAGUCAUAUGCUUAGCAGCCAUGGAGGAGAGAUUUUUUUGCAUGUCCUUAGCAGCUCUCGAUCCAUUCUAGAAGAUCCACCUUCAAUUAGUGAGGGAUGUGGAGGAAGAGUUACAGACUACCGGAUCACAGAUUUUGGUGAAUUUAUGAGGGAAAACAGAUUAACUCCUUUUCUAGACCCCAGAUAUAAAAUCGAUGGAAAUCUUGAGAUCCCUUUGGAACGAGCAAAAGACCAGCUAGAAAAACACACCCGGUACUGGCCUAUGAUAAUUUCCCAAACUACCAUUUUCAACAUGCAAGCGGUCGUUCCAUUAGCCAGUGUUAUUGUGAAAGAAUCUCUAACAGAAGAAGAUGUAUUAAACUGUCAAAAAACAAUAUAUAAUUUAGUUGAUAUGGAAAGGAAGAAUGAUCCUCUACCUAUUUCCACAGUUGGUACAAGAGGAAAAGGCCCCAAAAGAGAUGAACAGUACCGCAUCAUGUGGAAUGAAUUAGAAACGCUUGUCAGAGCCCAUAUCAACAACUCAGACAAGCAUCAAAGAGUCUUGGAAUGUCUGAUGGCUUGCAGGAGCAAGCCGCCAGAAGAAGAAGAGCGGAAGAAACGAGGGAGGAAGAGGGAGGACAAAGAGGACAAAUCAGAGAAAGCUGUGAAAGAUUACGAACAGGAGAAAUCCUGGCAAGAUUCAGAGAGAUUAAAAGGAAUCUUAGAACGUGGGAAAGAAGAGUUGGCUGAAGCUGAAAUUAUAAAAGAUUCACCUGAUUCUCCAGAACCUCCAAACAAAAAGCCUCUUGUUGAGGUGGAUGAAACUCUACCAGUAGAAAAAUCGAAAGGACCAGUGUCUUUGUUAUCCUUAUGGAGUAAUAGAAUCAAUACAGCCAAUUCCAGGAAGCACCAGGAGUUUGCUGGACGUUUGAACUCUGUUAACAACAGAGCUGAGUUGUAUCAGCAUCUUAAAGAGGAAAAUGGGAUGGAGUCAACAGAAAAUGGAAAAGCCAGCCGGCAGUGAAGAGUGUUACGAGCAACUCAAUUAGUAUAUUGCAGAAAUAUUUUGGGCAGAAUUUGAUAUAAGUACUUUUACAGCUAGAUUGUAUAGUAGAUGUUGCCUGAACUGGUUUUUACAUUUUUAAAAUAUUUCAACUUUAUCUUUUUUGUAAUACUUGCAAAAUUGGCACAUAUGACAAAGAUAUACAUUUGAGAAUUACCCCAUCCACCUACAAUUACACAAAUUUAUUUUAUGGUAAAGGGGGUUCCCACUGGAAAAAGUUUUUUAAGAAAUUCUUAGACUUUUCUCUGCCAAAUAAAACUACUACACUAUCUGAAAUG